UUAAAAAAAUCCUGUAAUAAUGCAACCUAAGGGAACUGCCAAGUGCCAACAAAGUCAAGUCUUCGAUUUUCCCUUUUAUCCUACGCACCCCUCGGUUUUCUUAACCUGCGCACAUUUGGCCGGCUUCACCGUUUUAGAUCUCCAGCUCAACUAAUAAGCACAGUCUCUUGUUGGACUGAUCCAAGUAUAAGUGCUUGCUCCACUUCAUCGGCGCUAAAUUUCAGAUUUGGAGUUUACAAAUUAGAGAAAAUUCUCAAAGGAUUGAACCAUGAGUUGCUUUGGCUGUUGCGAAGAGGAUGAUUUCCACAAAGCUGCUGAUAAUGGAGGCCAAUACAUGGUUAAAAAUUCGGCGGGAAAUGAUGGAGGCUACCAUACAUCUGAAACUGCAUCAAAGAGUGCUCAAACUGUGAAGGUUCAGCCUAUUGAAGUCCCUGCUAUUCCAGCAGAUGAAUUAAAGGAAAUCACAGAUAACUUUGGGACAAAUUCUCUGAUUGGUGAAGGUUCAUAUGGUAGAGUUUAUUAUGGAGUUCUUAAAAGUGGGCAGGCUGCAGCAAUCAAAAAGUUAGAUGCCAGCAAGCAACCUGAUGAUGAGUUUUUAGCCCAGGUUUCCAUGGUAUCAAGGUUGAAGCAUGAAAACUUUGUUCAAUUGCUUGGUUACUGUGUUGAUGGGAGCUCCCGUAUACUUGCCUAUGAGUUUGCAUCUAAUGGAUCGCUGCAUGAUAUUCUACAUGGGAGAAAAGGUGUUAAGGGAGCUCAGCCAGGCCCUGUUCUGACAUGGGCACAAAGAGUAAAAAUUGCUGUAGGAGCUGCAAAAGGGCUUGAGUACUUGCACGAGAAGGCUGAUCCUCACAUCAUUCAUCGUGACAUUAAGUCCAGCAAUGUGCUAAUUUUUGAUGAUGAUGUGGCCAAGAUCGCAGACUUCGAUUUAUCUAAUCAGGCUCCUGAUAUGGCAGCCCGUCUUCAUUCCACUCGUGUUCUUGGAACCUUUGGUUAUCAUGCUCCUGAAUAUGCAAUGACUGGGCAAUUAAAUGCCAAGAGUGACGUUUACAGCUUUGGUGUUGUGCUGCUUGAGCUUCUAACUGGGAGGAAACCUGUUGAUCAUACUUUACCCCGUGGACAGCAAAGUCUUGUGACAUGGGCUACGCCAAAACUUAGUGAAGACAAGGUUAGGCAGUGUGUUGAUCAAAGACUAGGAGGAGAGUAUCCUCCCAAGGCUGUCGCAAAGAUGGCUGCUGUUGCUGCGUUGUGUGUGCAAUAUGAAGCUGAUUUUCGGCCAAAUAUGAGCAUCGUUGUCAAAGCUCUUCAGCCCCUGUUAAAUGCACGACCUGGACCUGCUGGUGAAACACCAAGCACAUAACGAUAUCUAUUUCUCUCUCACUCCUCCCUCUCUUUCUAUCUCUCUGUGCCUGCGUGUGCGGGAAGUGUUCACACAUUCAAGUGUCCAAAAAUAUAUAAUGAGGGGACAAUUUUAGAAGGUGAUGAUAAAUUUGUUUAUUCAAAGUUCCAUAUGCAUCCAUUAUACACUUUGUAUUCGAUUUGUUCAUAAUGUGUGAGGUUGUUUCUUUCUUGCAUGUA